AAUGAGUUCAAUUGUUCAAACUCAAUAUUAAAGAUUUUGCAGUUCUCUGAUCAAUGUAAAAAUCUGGCAAGGGAAUUUGUAAACAUUUCGGCUCAUUGUGUUUUUGUUUAUUGACUUUGUUGUGAUCUUUUUGAAAUCAUUAUCCAGGUGGAUAAUUAACAUUUAUUUGUUUGAUACUGAAUAUUGAGUAGUUUGAGAUAUUCUUUACAAUGAGACGAUCUUGUGCACCUUCAAUGCUUAAAGUGCGGGAACUCGAAAAACGUAGGAAAAUUGAUAAACUAUUUGAAAAAGAUGAGCACAGAAACGAUGAAGUAACUACAAGCUCUUUGAAUGAGGAAAGUUGGGGCACAUCGAGGAAUAGAGGCUCUCAAUUCGAAGGACAAACUGUCAAGGAAAAUAAGGAUACGUUUCAUACAAAAAUUAUUUUCAAUGUGGUUUGGCGCGAAAUGACAAAAAAGAAACAUAAAACAUGGGACGGAGAUGGUUUACUUGAAGUUCAACUGAACACUCCACGAGCUGUUCUCAAGGAUAGUACAGGAAAGUAUAUGGGUACUAAUACAAAGUUUGAAAUUGAUAAUUUGCAAGAAGGAUACCAAAUGGUUGUAGGAGGGAAAGAGAUUGAAUUGCUGGAACAAAUAACUGAUAGUAACCAAUACUUCGCUCUAAAAAAACAGUAUGCAGAGAAUCGUUGGAAUUCUGAGGAGCAACUGCAAAGUAAAGAAGCGACCAAAAAGUUGAAGAUAUCGCCACUAUACCAAAGCCCAUAUAAUGUGAAGAAUGGUGUUGAAUUGAAUAACGAAACUAAUCAAAGAAAUAAUGCUGCAGAAGGUAGUAUUUUAACAGACACUGAGAAGUUAUCGUUUAAUGUCGUUUGGCGCGAAAAAACCACUAAGAAAAAUAAAAUUUGGAAUGGAGAUGGCGUAUUUGAUAUUCAUACUGACGUUAAGAGAGGUGUACUUAAAGAUGAAAGAGGCCAAGAGAUUGGUGUAGUAGAAAACGUUAACUUGUCUGAUGCAGUAGUUGGGUCCAUUUUGGUGGUAGAAGAUAAGGAAAUCGAGAUAUUGGAUAUGGUUACAAAUAAUAAGCCACAAAAAUUAAAUGUAGCAAAAUCAAAUGCACCUAAACCACGAGAAAAAAGGGCGCUAACAAAAACAAAUGGCUUCAUUUUGCCAUCUCCUCCAGAAAAUUAUCUUAGUGAACUAAAUCCUGCAUUUCUACCCAUACACGCGGUGGAGGUCUCCUACAGAUUAGCACAACUUUUACGCCCACAUCAAAAAGAUGGCAUAGCAUUCCUUUAUAAAUGCGUAAUGGGUUUUCACAAUCCAAAAUAUCGUGGCUGCAUUCUUGCCGAUGAUAUGGGUUUGGGAAAAACCUUGCAAUGCCUCACACUUGCGCAUACAUUAUUGAAGGAAGGACCUUAUGGUGGUGAACGUGUAUUACAUCGAAUUCUUGUUGCCACUCCUAGUAGUCUUACACGUAAUUGGGAAAAAGAAGUGAACAAAUGGUUGAAAUGUGAACGAAUGUAUGCAUUUGUAGCAGGAGGAAAACAUAAGUUGUGCUCUUAUUCCAAGCAGCAACAUGUUCCAUUCGUAAUUACUUCAUAUGAAUUUCUGCUUGCCAACGUUUCUGAAUUCCAGUGCUUACAAUUCGACAUGCUCAUAUGCGAUGAAGGUCACAGAUUGAAAAACGAAUCAACUAAAAUAGUAGCUGCCCUUCGUGAGUUAGAUAUUCCACGUCGAAUAAUAAUCACAGGAACCCCAGUGCAAAACGAUUUGCGUGAAUUCUACUCCCUAGCGGAAUUUGUAAAUCCUGGCAUAUUUGGUAAUUAUCAAGAAUUUCAUUUACAUUUCGAGCGUCCUUUGCAACAAAGCCAAAGCCCUGAAGCAUCUAUAGAAGUAAAGAAUUUAGCCGCCGAACGCACCCGAGAGCUCAUGCAGAUCUCAGAAACAUUUGUACUUCGACGGUUACAGGAAGUGAAUGGCCAAUACUUGCCGAGAAAGUACGAGUAUAUUUGUUUCGUUCAACCAUCGGAAUUACAACAAUUUUUGUUGCAAAAAGCUCUACACCUAUACACACAACGUAAGGAAACAAUUUUAAAAGAUCUAACGCCAUUUCAAAUAAUUACCGUGUUAAAAAAGAUUUGCAACCAUCCUUCAUUGGUCGCUCGUACAAAAACACCAAAUCUACUGACUCGUACUUUAGAACGUUCUUUGCCGGAUUGUACGGAAAUGGGACCCUUUGAUUCGUCGAAAUUGGAGUUGGUACAGCAUUUCCUUAUUGCCUCAGCAAUACAAAAUGGGGAAAAGUGUGUGUUAGUGUCAAACCAUACUAAAACGCUUAAUAUGCUACAAGGUUUAUGUGAUUUCCUAAAUAUAAAAUGCCUACGGUUAGAUGGCUCCACCAGUUUAGGGGAAAGAAAUGAUAAUGUCGAAAAGUUUAACAGCGAUUCAGAUGACUCACUAGUGUUUCUACUUAGCGCAAAAGCCGGUGGUGUUGGUCUUAAUUUGAUAGGAGCAUCAAGAUUAAUACUUUUCGAUAAUGAUUGGAAUCCCGCCACUGAUGCUCAAGCAAUAUCCCGUAUAUGGCGUGAUGGACAGACCAGGGAUGUGCAUAUCUACCGAUUAGUAACUGCCGGUUGCAUUGAAGAGAAAAUAUUUCAAAGACAGACAGCGAAGAUAUCAUUGGGAGAUUGUGCGAUACAAAAUAUUACGCAGAAUAACGAAGAUGUCAUGAAGUUCACAGCUGAGGAUCUAUCCAAUUUAUUCUGUUUGCAAGAAGAUUAUUCCUUAUGUCAAACUCAUGAAAAUCUAAAUUGCAAUUGCAAUGGUGAUGGAGAGAACUUGACACUGGAAGCACAAACAAACAAUCGCAAUAUUAAUGCAUUGAUGAAUUGGAAACAUUAUAAGGCACCCUUUGACACGAAUUUCUUGGAGGACGCUUGCCUGGAAAAUGCCAGCGAUAACCUCAUGUAUAUAUUUUGCACACAGACUGAAUAGUUUUAAGUUAUGAAUAUUUAAUUUAAUUUUGAUGUUGUAAUAUUUUAUAAUGAAUAUUAAGUUUGACAUUCGUUUG